UUGACGGAGAGACGUGGAUUUAUCGUUGAUAGCAUGACGAGGAUUGUGAUAUUUUUAUGCUUGUUGGCACUGGUUUGCGGUAAUCCUGCCGGUCAGGGGGAGGAUGUGGAGAAGAUGAUGAUGAAGAAGAUGGAGGAGUUGAAGAAAACUCAUAGCUUGAGAAUUUAUGGGGAUAUCGUCACUCUGGAGAAGCUCCAGGAUGCUGGAGAUCAGCGGUCUCUUCCUGGAGAGGAUCCUCUGGUGGCCAGCAUCGAUCAAUUUCUUAGUUCCAGAAAAAUUCGGAUCAGUCUUCCCAGUGAUGGAUCCCCUGCUGACUUUCUGGGAAGAGCAAUUGGACAGAAGGAAAUUGAUAUUGAGUUGAGGGGAUUGACGUAUGGGGCUUCCGAAGCAAGAACCAAGCUGAAGAGGAUGCUCCUGCCGGUUCUCCUGGCCUUGAAGUUGAAGGCCUUGAUAAUCCUGCCGAUUGUCAUCACAAUGAUUGCCCUGAUCGGGCUGAAGGGUCUCGGAGCAGGUUUGGCAGCCCUGUUCCUGUCCGGAGCAGUAGCCCUGAAGGCCAUCCUGACACCGCCACCCUAUCCCGCAGCAAGGGUGAGCUACGGCAUCGUAAAACCGGAAAUUCAUCACGAUCAUUGGCACAGAUCACAGGAGGAGGUCAAUCAGCCCUACCGAGGCUGGUCCCCAGAGUUCAACGACGCCCCAUACCCCUACCAGGACUUACCCUAAACAAUUAGCCAAAUUCCGCAUAAACUCUGUAUUUAUUCCUUAUUUAUUGAGAAAAUGUCGUCAA